AUGAAUUUGCUCAAGCUGAUUAGUAAGAACAAUAAAAAAAUGAAGAACGAUAAUAUGGGAUGUUCCAUAAUUUAUUAUGCGAGCUAUGUUAUAAUACUCCUAACGAUCGUGCUCUCGAAGUUUUUUGUGAUCCCGUUGAUGGCUCAAAUGUUUUUGUACACAUUUAUAACGAUCUAUAUCGGGAGCCAUGACAGUUUGAAGCAAUUAGAGCAAGUUGAGGACAGAAAUAAGAAGGCCGAUAAUAUUACAGCCUACGAUGCGAUUAUGUUCCCCAUUAUCGGCUCUGGAGCCUUAUUAACGCUGUAUUUUGCGUACAAGUUUUUAGACCCGUACUAUGUGAAUUUGCUUCUGACGGUUUACCUCACCCUAGCAGGAGUUUUCUCAUUACAAGGGGUUUGUGCCAACAUUUUGGAACCCGCUUUGCCGAAAUUUUUCAAAAAAGACGAAUAUGUUAAGACGUUUAAAUUGCCGGCAUUCAUUUCGAAGGAGCCCGUCAUUUUCAACACAAACAAGGGAGAAAUAAUCAGCUUCCUGUUUUGCUUCCUCAUCGGUGCGCGAUGGAUUUUUUAUAAAGACUUUAUCACCCACAAUGUGUUAGCCGUGUCCUUUUGUUUCCAAGCCAUAUCGCUAGUCAUCCUGAGCAACUUUUUAAUUGGAUUCCUGCUACUCUCCGGACUCUUCGUGUAUGACAUAUUCUGGGUUUUUGGAAACGACGUUAUGGUGACCGUUGCGAAGUCAUUCGAAGCACCCGUAAAACUCCUUUUCCCAGUAUCAAAAGACCCAAUACAUUACAGCAUGCUAGGGUUAGGGGACAUCAUCAUCCCCGGUAUUGUAAUAUCCCUGUGUCUACGUUUCGACUAUUACCUACACAGAAAUAAGAUAUACAAAGGGAAUUUCAAAAAAAUGUUUAACGACAUAUCAAUUCAUGAGGCCUUCAAGAAAUAUUAUUUCUUCACCAUUUCGGUUUGCUACCAAAUAGGGUUGGUAGUGACAUACUGUAUGCUCUUUUAUUUCGAGCAUGCACAACCUGCUUUGUUGUACCUCGUGCCUGCCUGUAUAUUGGCAAUAGUAGGGUGCUCUUUAUUCAAAGGGGAAUUUAAAAUAAUGCUCAAGUACCAGGAAGUUACGGAUAAGAGUAAUGUUCCCGAUGAUGGGAAGAAGAAAGUCGCUGAUAAGGACGAAAUGUACAAGAGUCAAGAAUCUAUCAUAUCUAAUGCGAAGAAGAGAAUUACGAAUAAGUAG